AUGGAAACAAUACCCAAUCAAGACAAACAAUAUGACUACAAUGUCCAUUGCCCGGUUGGUAAUAGCGAUCGACCUUUAACAGAGAUCAUCGAACUGUGUGAAGAUGUAAUUAGUAUUGAUCCAGAUAAUAGUUUAAACAAAAUCCUGCAGGAAAACUGUUCAUUACUUAAAACCCCAACAGAAGACCAACAAAGUGUUACAUUAAAAUCAACCCACUGUAAUGAAGCAGCGGAAUCAGGGUGUGAAAUUAAUACUAUUACUAAUCUGGCGAAUGGCGAAUCUCUUGCUCCCGAAACAUACCAAUCGAACGAAGAAUUGUCCCAUUCCAUGCCAGCGAAAACAGUUAAUUCAACUUUAAAAACGCAAUCAGAAAAAUCGGGUCCCUCCGAACAGGUCAGGGCAAAAAGCAGUGAAUUAGUUUUCGGACAAACGCCAAAACAAAACACCGCAAAUAAGGUCAAAGGUCACAAGUCAAUCAAGUGUACAAAACGUUUAUCGAAAGAGAUAUAUUACGACAACAAUAUAUCUGGGCUAAUCGAUAAAAGUGAAAUAAAUUGCAACCCAGGGGUGCCUGUCAGACAUGCGGAGUGGGUGGGACGGCUACCUUUGAUUGAAUCUUCAUAUAAGUCUGCAUCGUUAAGAAAAUCUACGACUUUAAACGAUUUCCAGCGAUCGUGUAAGAGAAAUUUUCGGAAGAGUCGUUCAAACCACAGUCCCCGGGACUGGCAGAGGUACUUCGAAUUUGUUCGGAAAACGUUACAUCCUCGUGUGACUCGGCCUCCAAUUCGCCUACGAACAACAAAGUAAUUCCUAUUGUUAUGUCACAAUGUCGGACCAUACGUCAUCGCAUUGCAAGUUACAAUAAUAUACGUAAACGAACUAGUAAUCCAUGCAACCUGGUAAAUGUCCCUGUAACUACUAGUAACCUGGAAAAUCACCGAGACUACUGCGCUGUUCCAUCUCUCUUUGUUACCAAUUUGAGAAACAGAAAAACUGUCCAUGCGUAUAAUAAUUUAAUCCCACUACACGCUAGUGAGAACCACACUAGCAGAAAUACGUGUAGUACCCCAUUAACCCCAAACGAUCAGAUAUCAGUUCCCUCUAGUCUCAACAUUGUUCACUUAAACAUUCGCUCGUUAAGAAAUAUCGUUCACCUUACUGAGGUCAAGGAACUAGUAAAGUUAAAUAAUAUCGAUGUCCUCACAAUUUCCGAAUCGUGGUUAAAUUCCUCAGUAACGAACCGUGAGAUUGCAAUCGACGAUUAUAAGAUCCACAGACUUGAUCGGUUACACAAGAAAGGUGGAGGUGUCUGUGCUUAUAUCAAGAAGAAUAUUAAAGCAACUGUCUUAAAAGAUUUAUCGAAGGUGUCAGUUUCUAACUUUCAUCAACUAUGGAUAAAUCUACAAUGCCAAAAAAACAAAUUAAUAAUAAUUUGUGUAACCUACCGACCACCUGACACUUCUCUAAAUUGUUUCGAAGAUUUACUUAAGCCAAAUUAUGUUCAGGCUUUAACUUUGAAUAAACAGAUUUUAGUGCUCGGUGUCUUAAAUUGUAACAUGCUAGAAAACGGCCAAGAGUGGAGAGCGCUAACAAAUUUUUCUACAGAAUUAAAUCUCACACAGAUUAUUAAAACUCCAACUAGAAUCACGGCGACGUCCCAAACGCUUAUAGAUGUUAUUCUAGUCUCAUCCACAGCUCUUGUUCUUGAGAGUGGUGUUAUUAACACUUCUAUCAGUGACCACUUACCAGUGUACGUCCUACUAAAGUUAAAGACCCCAAAGAUGCCAGCAUGUUACAUUACAACUAGGAGUUAUAAAAACUAUAAUCCCUCACUAUUUUCCUCUGACCUUGUCACUAAAUCGGAUCGUCUGUUAUCCAUAUUAUCCAACACCAACGUUAAUACAAUACUCGAAACCUUCAAAGAUGUUCUUCACUCAACUCUCGACGUGCAUGCACCGUUAAAAACCUUCAAAAUUCGGAAUCGAUCAUGUCCAUAUGUCACCAAUGAAAUAAAAGAACUCAUGAAGUCUCGGGACCUACACCUCCGUCGGUUUCAACUGACACGUGAUGAAGGUGAUUGGGUAGUUUACAAAGAAUAUCGUAAUAACGUAAAAACCAAAAUUAAAGCCGCAGCGAAGGACCACACCUUCAACGAAGUAAGAGAACAUAAACACAAUUCGAGAUCCCUAUGGAAAAUAAUUAAUAAUAUAAUUCCCUCGAAGGAAAAGGAAACACAAGUUUAUAGUAAAGAUCCAAAAACAGUUGCAGAAGAUUUCAACCUUUUUUUUACUUCUGUGGGACGGAACGCUGCUGCGACAGCCGAAAGUUUAGCCAAAGACAACAAUGUUGCACUGUCAAAUCCUCUGUCAAAUGUAAUCACUUAUCCAUCUGAUCAACUGUUCAAUUUCCAAUCCGUUACUUGUACAGAGGUUCAACGCAUUAUCAUGGCUAUGCCAAGUAAUAAGUCACCAGGACCAGAUAAAAUAGGCAUGCGUGUCAUCAAAGACUGUCUUCCAAUCAUACUGGGUCCUCUUACGCAUAUGAUAAAUUGCUCUCUAAUGACAAGCACAUUCCCUGACCUACGGAAGAUUUCUGAAGUUAUACCCCUACUAAAAGAAGGAGACCACGAGAUAGCCCCAAACAAUCGGCCUCCCUCACUACUCGAGGUAGUUUCAAAAGUUUGCGAAAAAGUUGUUCUAAAUCAAUUUAGCUCCUACCUCAAAGAAUUUAAUCGCAUAUCGUCACAUCAAAGCGGGAAUAGGAGUCUUCACUCCACCGAAACCUUAAACAUAUUUGUUACCGAUACGAUGUUGGAAGCCAUAGACAACAAAAAUCUAACGGCACUAAUUUUAUUGGAUUUAUCCAAGGCAUUUGACACUGUCAGUCAUUCGAUUUUAUUACACAAAUUGAGUUGUAUCGGCCCUUCACCCGAAGCUGUUAAAUGGUUCCAAGACUAUUUAACAGGCAGAUCCCAAUACGUGCGCAUUGGAUCCACCAAGUCAUCAGCUCGCCCAAUAACCCAUGGCGUUCCACAAGGUGCAAUACUAUCACCACUUCUGUUUUGCAUCUAUAUUAAUGAUCUGCCAGGGAGCAUACAAUCGUGUAACCUUGAUUCAUACGUAGACGACUCAAAGCUUUACAAAUCAUUCUGCAUCUACGACUUGGAACAGACAACUAUCAAUUUAGAGGCAGAUCUACAAAUAGCAGCCAAGUGGUGUUUGGAGCACCAAUUACUGAUCAAUCCAGAAAAAACUAAAUUCCUUGUAGUCGGUUCAAGACCCAUGCUGCAGAAUGUACCUACAGAAAUAUCGCUAUCAUUUUUAGGAAAGACUAUAAGACCUAUUUUAUUAGCUAAAGAUUUGGGAAUCAAUUUGGAUUCGUACCUCUCCUACGACGACCACAUAUCUAAACUCGUUUCGUCGUGUAUGAGAAAACUAUAUCAAAUAAAUCGCGUGAAGGAUAGUUUCGAUAAUGAAACAUUAAAAUUGGUCAUUGAGACACUUGUAAUUAACAAGCUUCUGUACUGCUCUACGGUGUGGUCCAACACGUCAUCUAACAAUAUCAAUAAACUUCAAUCAGUGCAGAACUUCGCGUGCAGAGUUAUAUCAGGGGUAGGAAAGUUCGAUCACAUAACUCCGGCGUUGCGCGAACUAAAUUGGUUGCCAGUGGAAAAGUUAUUAUUGGAAAGGGAUACUGUAAUGGCUUACAAGUGUUUUAAUGGACUUGCACCUGACUACCUAGCAGAUAAAUUUAUAAAGCGUUCCGACAUACAUGAUCGAUCGACAAGAAAUCAUGACCUCUUGGACAUCCCUCUGUAUAAAUCUGCUGCAGGUCAAAGAACAUUUAAUUACCGGGGUGUUAAAAUAUGGAAUGACUUGGAAGAUAAACUAAAAAAUAUUACAUCAAUAACAAUUUUUAAGAAAAAACUUAGGGAGAUUUUACUAAAAGAAUCCUAUUAA